CAGGCAUGAUCCUGGUGGCCUUGGCUUGAUAAAAGUCCUCUCCCUCUCUCUCUCUAUAUAUAUAUGGGAGGAAACACAAGGUGAUGCAUAAAUGAAACUAUCCAUAUCAACACCACAAAACAGAGAGGUAAAAGGGGGGGGCUGAAUCUAGAGAGUAAUAUCAGUUAUCAGGAGUCAGGCCUGGUAUAGUGUGAGAAACGUACUUGACCGAGAUCGAGAGACAGAGAGACAGAUUCAGAUGGGGGGGAAGGGAAGAACACCAUGUUGUGAUAAGAGCCAAGUGAAGAGAGGUCCCUGGAGUCCUUCUGAGGACUUGAGGCUUAUCAGCUUCAUUCAGAAACACGGCCAUGGUAACUGGAGGGCUCUCCCUAAACAAGCAGGUCUACUGCGAUGUGGGAAAAGUUGUCGUUUGAGAUGGAUCAACUACCUUCGGCCUGAUCUGAAGCGAGGUAACUUCACAAAAGAGGAAGAGGAGUCCAUAAUUAAGCUACAUGAAACUUGGGGAAACAAGUGGUCCAAGAUUGCAUCCCAUUUUCCUGGAAGAACAGACAACGAAAUCAAGAAUGUGUGGAACACUCAUUUGCGGAAGAGAUUGGCUUUGAAGAAAUCUUGUGGAGAUGAUCAAUCAAAGGAGUCAUCUUCCAUAACUUCCUCUUCCUCAUCUUCUUCUAGUGCUUCAUUUCAGUUGUCUAGAGGAAAACCAAGUGUAGGAGCCACCGCUGAAUUCGAGAAUCAAUCUAACCAAGAAAGCAACAUGUCCAAAAACCGGAACGACUGUGAACUGCCCAAUUCGACGACAAUCCAAGAAAAACUUGAUCAAAAUAUACCAAUGGAAGUAACAAAUCAAGUUAGGGUUGAUGAUGCUAAAGGCGUGAAAACGUUGACCAUAAGUUCUUCCUUUUCAUCUCAUGACUCCUCAAACGGCUCAAGUUCCAGCCAAGGCGGCGGUAUUUCAAGGCCAGAUGAUUUGGUGUUUGACUUUAAAGGAGCUUAUGAACCUCAAAUUGCAGACAAGGAAGUCUUUGAAAUUCCAUUCGAGUCUGACCAUGAUUUCUGGAACAUGUUAGAUGAGUUUGUGCCCUUUCAGUCAAACCCUGAACCUCUAUUACCUCAGGCGGAUCAGACCUACCAGAGCUCAAACUUAGAGCUAGUUGAAAGUGGAAAGUGGCUCAGUUACUUGGAGAGUGAGCUUGGCCUUGAGGAUUCAACAAAGACCGAGAUCAACAACCAGGAUUUUGUGAUGAAGGAUGCAACUGAACAAUUAGUGCCGGAGAAGUACUGUGACAAGUUGCCAAUGCCUGCAGAAAUUGACCAGGACAUGAAUGAUUACUUCGGAAUGUGGCCUUCUUGGCCAGACAACUCUGGCAACUGAGUAAUUAGUUCAAAUUAAGUCCUUAAUUACAGUUAGUUGCGUUGAGUCCCCAAGUCCUAACUAGGUCGAUCUGUAUGCCGGAAUGUAUGGCUAUAUGAGGUCCAUGUAGUUUUUUUCUUCCCUUUUUCUAAUUUAAGUUAAAACAGUGUAGAAUAUCGAACAAUUAUAUAACAAGUUAU